UGGCCCAUUGGACAGUUAAGUGUUGAAGUUUAUUAAACUGUUAAUUAAGAUCGUGUUGGGCUGGCGGCUGCGGGGUUUGGGUUAGUGUGAUGCGUGCGCGCGUCCUGGCAUCAUGCUCCUGUUGCUAGUCUUUAUUGCGCUCGCACAAGCACGCGUGCGUACCUUCAACAUCACGGAACUAAUCGUACCCCAAGUAGUUCCUCCUGGACAAGCUGAAGUGGAAAUCGAAUGCCGAUACGACGCGAACUUCACCCUAGUCAACUGGUUUAAGGGCCUCAACGAGUUCUUCAGAUACAAGCCCGGUGCUGCUCCUAGCACCAAGUCUUUUCCAGUUAUCGGGGUUGGGAGAGUGGAACUCAUCCAUUGUGGACCUACUGCUUGCAGACUGCGACUCGGUUCUCUAACAGAAGAUGCGUCAGGAUUCUACAAAUGUGACAUAGAACGUGAUAUUGCACCAUACAUGUAUAACACGAGGUCUGCUUACAUGCAAGUGUACCGUCACCAGCACAGACAACCCGUCAUUGAAGGCCUGGCUGAGGAAUUUGCGGAAGAUGAGGAGAUGCACGCGUACUGCCGUGGGGCACCUGAUGCGGAGAUCAGGUGGUACAUAAACGGUCGUGAGGACCAAAAUAUGCGUGGAUCACCUUCUUUGAAAAGGAAUGCAUCAAGAUUGAUUUUUUCCGGCAUUCCUCCUAUAGUGACCGUGCAAUGCGCAGAAAUGAGGUAUGGAAACUUGACCGGUUCAAAGGAGAUGAAAGCGAAAUGGAAAGAUCAUGGCACAAGAGAUGAGCGCCCACAGGAGCAACAAAGGAAUGAUGCUGAAAAUAUCAAAGCAUACACAGUUUUUGUGCUUCUCAGUGUAUUAUUAAGUUUAAAGACUAUCCUAUGAGGAUUUCAUAGACAAAAGUUCCUUAAGUUUUUCAGAUAUUAUUUUUCAUUUGUAAUUUUUAUUAAUUAAGAGAUAAUUAUUACUCUUAGAAGAUUACAUUUUGUUAUUUUAAAUAAAUAGGUACCUACGUAUUAAGUUAAAUGAUGUUUUCUCGAAAUUAAUGCCAACAUUUAAAAUAAGUUAUUAUCAUACACAGAAAUCAUGUUUUAACUCCCGACUACAAACGGAGGGCAGUUAUAAGUUUAAUGUAUCUGUGUAGGUAUCUUGGUAUACGUGUCCGUGGCAUCAUAGCAUCCAAACAUCUGAACCGAUUUUGAUGCAGUUUGUUUUUAUUUGAAAUGAUUGGGAUGUUCAUUGGGAAUGUUCUUGGUUAAUUUUGGACUGUCUUGGUUAAUUAAUGUCUGUUUAUCCACUGAACGUAAAUUCUAACUCAAAAAAAUAUGAAUAGCACAGCAGUAAUGUAAGCAGACGAAUUCAACUUCAAUUAAGUACCUAUUUCCAGUUGCAGAGCGCUCCCCGGAUCUCGAUGUGACAACGUUUACAAAAUAUUCCUUCAUACUUAGGAAUUAUUUUAUAAAUGUUAAAUAUUAUUUCUUGUAUUUAAGGGCUUUUUUAAUUUAACUUUUAUAUUGUCAUGUUUUAAGUAGGUAUGAGAUAAAGAGUUUUAUGUAAUUUUGCUGUACCUAUUAUAAAAUAGUUUUUGAAACUACUUAUAUGUCAGAAUGGUUAAGUUACACUUUGCGUAUUAUUUAUGAGUAGGUAAAUAAUUAUACAGGGUGAUCAUUAAUACAUUGGUAAUAUUUUGUCUACAAGCUCAGUCCAUGAUUCUGAACAACUUUUAGUAUGGGGGUAACUCCGAAUACGCACAAAAAAUCAGCUGUUCUAUACAAAAUUAAAUACCUAACUUGUGGAAAUGUAUGGAUAAGCUGAUUUUUUCGCGAUUUCAAGGUUGCUCCCAUACGAAAAGUUGUUCAGUACAGAGUGUAGAUAAAAUAAUGCCAACGUAUAAAAAAUCUGCCUGUAGAAGUGCUUUGCAUACCCGUACUAGUGCCACCAACACAUUUUUCUCAUAUUCUUUUAUUUAUAAGCGAAAACUAAAAAAAUAAGUAGGUACCUACCUAGGUAUUUUAUGAAUGGAACUGUUGAAAUAUAGAAGGAACGCACUAUCUGCCAAUGUCAAUAGAGAAUUGUCAAAUGUCAAGUUUUGCUUUUCCCGCCUUCUGCGAUCUCUUCCCGCGCAGCUCUAUACCGUGUAACGUGCUACCGAAAUCUUUGCUUGAUUUUCACCAAUAAACUAAACUUUAUAUAAA